CAGGUCCAAGUGGAGCUAACUCUACAUGAUGAAUUAUCUCCCUUGAACGAAGAAUCAAAUACAUUGUUUUUAUUUUUAAAGUUUAUAGAUUAAAUAAAACAACAACUGUAUUAUAUUCUCCAACUUAUAUAUCAGAAUAAAUAGUAACAACAAAAUGGACAGUGAAGUUUGUAGAGACGGAAGAUUAAUGGACUUAGUGGAUGAAGAAUGGAGAAAAGAUAAACUACCAAUGGAGGAUAUCAAUGUUCCACAGAUGGAAUUACCAGAACUAGAACCAGAUAAUGGACCAACCAACGAGACACUUACUGAACAGGAACAAAAGUGGACAGACUUAGGAUUAUCAGUUUUACAUGAACAACCACCAACUACAACCAACAAUUAGAUGAAUAAGAAUAAAUCUUGGUGUAUUUCUCAAAUGACCAUCAAAUCUUCAUACAUGUAAUAGAUAACAAGGGAGCUGUUAGGCAAUGACGAUGAAAUUCUACUUGCAUAUACAAUGUAGCAGAUCAAUACAACAUGGAGACAAAAUUGGAAAAAUUAUCAUUUUCUUCCUUGAGUGUUACACAUGUAUAGCACAAAAUAUAUGAAAUAAAAAAAAUCAACUAUUCUAAA